AUGCUCUUUUGGGGAAGAUAUGCGAAUGAUGACGUCAUGUCAGGGGAAAAACGGUUACGUAAACAAGUAGCCUACAGACGGAAAAUACAGAAAGUGGACAAGAAAAUGGACAAAGCCCUGAAAGGGGAGCUAACCUGCCCCGUGUGUAUGGAACUGUUUUCCAACCCACUGAGACUAGGGUGUGGCCACUCCUACUGUCGCAAGUGUCUGCUGUCGAUGGAGAGGCGCUCCGAUCCCAGCGUCUGGGACCUGGUCGGACACACCUCCUUCGUCCGAUGUCCGGAGUGCAGACGAGUGUUCGACCUGCCCUCUACCGGAGUAGACUCGUUUCCGGCAGACUUCAAACUCUCCAAGCUGGUGGACGUGUUCAGGAAAAUGGAGGAGACGUACCAACAGAAUACAGACGAGCAGACGUCAGACAAAAGUUUGCUUUUCACGCUGUCAGAAACCCUCGAGUUGGUUUCCAACGCCAGACAAGAAGUCGAGGCCGAGGCUGAGAGUUCCAGUUUCCAGGACACGACAGCUGACACUUCUUCUUCUUCAGUAUCUGCCACAGCUACUCAAACUGCUGCAGCAGACGUGACGUCGCGUGACGCGGCAGAUGUCACACCAUGCGACCCGGCAGACGUCACACCACGUGACACGGCAGACGUCACACCACGUGACACGGCAGACGUCACACCACGCAGCGCGGCAGACGUCACACCACGUGACCUGGCAGACGUCAUACCACGUGGCGCGGCAGAUGUCACACCACGUGACCCGGCAGACGUCACACCACGCGACCCGGCAGACGUAGUUAUUGUAUCUGAUCUGCAGGAGACUGGAGAGGAGCAGGAGGAGGAGGGAGAGCAGGAUGAGGAUGCCACAGCGACCAUGAAUGACCCCGUGUCAAUGACCAGAAUCCCGAUCAGCUCUGGAGUGAGAACCCUGACCAGGGAGAGAUUCGUCUCUUCGCUGUCGCCCUCCACUUCGGUCGACGACGUCUGGAGGGCGACGUCAGACUACAACAUCUACCGACUGCUGGAGAGGAGGCACCCACAGUCGGAGUCGCGUGUGUCGUCGGGACGUCCAGCGUCCUGCAUAGACAGAGCAGCGACUGGAACCGUCUUCUCCCGCGACGCCAGAUCGACCGUAGAUGGAAGAACGUCCGCUGGCAUCGUCGACAGAUUGAAUGCAGAUCUCUAUGAGACGGCGAACGAGAACCUCGACAGGCCUGGCGAAAGCUGUGGAAGAGCUGACGAUCUUCUGUUGGCAGGGUGCGAGCUGCUGGAUGAGAUAAAGGAGCUCAUAGUGGUGGGCGACGAAAUUUUGUCCGAGGCCGAUGAAAUUCUCGAUAGUGUCAUGGAAAUCAGAAGCACAGCUGGUGGGGACAUGGCGGAUUACAGUGCAGCCGUAGAAGCUGUUGGUGUAGACUGGUGGAUGUCCUCUCGUCACAGAAUACCAUCUUCUGAUGGUGUCAUGGCCACACCUGGUGACGUCAUGGCCACAUCUGGCGGCGUCAUGGCCACAUCUGGUGGCGUCAGGACCACAGCUGGUGACGCCAUGGCCACAACUGGUGGAUACACAACCAGAACUGUAGACACGGAUCCUGUUGGUGUAAACAGGCGAGCUCUGACUGGUUCUAGACGGACUUCAGAUCCGUUCAGGAGUAGAACGAUGUCCGGAGACAUAGUUGACGGUGGUUACAGGACAACAAUGCUUUGUGCGGACGUGGGCGUGCGUGGCAGAGAUCCAUGCACCAGUCCUGAGAGAAGUCGACGUGACCGCGACGGACGAGCGUCUCCGUUUGGCGGGAGACGGACAGCUGGGUCUGUUCACACAUCUCCCACUGCUGACACGACUGGCAUGGUGGAACGAGAAAGGCUUCACGGAGGAGGCAGAAUAGGUUGUGACGACGAUGACGAAGAACUAGAGAGCGUCAUUAGAACGUUAAACAUUAGUCCUGGCCGCUACAGACAACAGUUCAGUCCAGGCUGGCGAACCGAUACCGCAGAUUGCACGCCAUUGCAUGGUGUUGCUGCGACGACUGGUAGAAUGGAUAUAAAACCAGCUGGCAGUGCGAGAACAAGAUCAGGUGGUACGUAUACAGACAUUUACAGUGAGGACACUGGUAUACGAGGCAUAGUCAACGCCCGCCCCGUUAGAACUUCACCUAGACGCCUUAAUCCAGAGAGAGCAAAUCUUGGUAUGGACAGAGCAAAUCUUGGUACAGACAGAGCAACAUCUGAUAACUGCAGACAAUACUGUUGUGAUGAAGGCAGGCAGAAUGUCGGUGCGCGUACAUAUCAAAAUGACAUCUCUUGUAGUACAGCUUUGAAAACUGCUGCUUGUGACGUAGCGACCUCUGAUGGUAACAAACGACACACUGACAGAAGCGGGCAAUUUGGCAGUGGAAUUAAAUCAACAUACAUUACUGACGCAGCUAGUGGAACAGUUGGUAAUGACGCAAUAACUUGUGAUAGUGGCAUACGACGCUCCGACAGAGGCGUGCUAUCAGGCAUUCCAUUUAGGUCGACUCUUUCCAAGGACAUAAUCUGCGCUACAGAUUUAAAAGCUCUUAGGGAUGACAGAACGAAUUCUGUUAAUAGUUGUAAUGGUGGAUCUGGGAGAGUCAGGUUAACUGACGCUGUGUUCAGGGAAACAAAUGAUGAAAGGGUCAUAACAACCGACGGCGCAUACAGAGAACGUCACAAAGAAGAUGGGGGAAUAUAUGGAGAGUCAGCUAAACGUAUCAGUCCAGAGAGGGUGACUGCUGGUGCAGACAGAACACUGACUGGUGGUAGCAAAUCACACUUUGUUGAUGGAGGCAGCGUUAUUAGCUACCGCGAUGGAAUGGACUUGGCAGGCGGUAGUCCCGGCAGGGAAAUCAUUAGUGGUGACGCAUCUCCGAUUGACGUCAGCAGUAAAGCGUGGUGGUCUGGUGCAGGCUCACAGAUCGUUGGUGGAGUCGGUAGCAGACGACGGUCCGCCGCCAAAACAUUUGGUACCGUGGUUAGGUGUGCAGAUCACGUGGGCGCGACCCGCGUUACGGAUUUCCAAACUGCUGGUAGUGACGUAACGUCUGGACGUAGCAGACGGCACUCCAGACCAGCGUGGAUAUCUGGCUCUCGCGGGGGGACGUAACAU